GGCCAUGAACACGAUGCGUCUGAAGAAGCUAGGCAUCACCCACAUUCUGAAUGCAGCGGAAGGCAACUCCUUCAUGCACGUUAACACCAACGCGGAGUUCUACGCUGGCACAGGCAUCACAUACCACGGCAUGGGCGCCAGUGACACAGACCACUUUGACCUCAGCAUCUACUUCGAGGAGGGGGCGAACUUCAUCGAGAAGGCCUUGGCACACAAUGAUGGGAAGGGUAAAGUAUACGUUCACUGCAGAGAGGGCUACAGCCGCUCCCCAACACUGGUCAUCGCCUACCUGAUGCUGCGCCACAGGAUGGACAUUCGGUCCGCCCUGUCCAUGGUACGACAGAAGAGAGAGAUUGGCCCUAACGAUGGCUUCCUGCGCCAGCUGUGUCGCCUCAACGAAUCUCUGGCGGCCGAAGGAAAGUUCUGGAACCAAUGACGGUUUUCUUUCCUUUGUACUCGUACCUUACAAGUAUGUACAGAUACACAGACACGUGAAAGAGUGUAGGUAUUCAGGACACCUGGAAAGUAUGUACCUGUAAAUGUACACAGAUACGCACAUUCACUGACUGCCAUCCUUGACUUGUAGGCUGGCUCAAGCAUGGCUUGUCCUUUGAUUUAAAUUCAGAAAGACACUGUAUUCAAGUGAAAGGGAAUACAUAGUCAGUUGUAAAACUGAAUGCAUCAACUGAAAUGUGUAUUCCGCAUUUAACCCAACCCCUCUGAAUCAGGGAGGAACCCUCACACUCAGGAACAAUCCCUACAACUACCCCUCUGUCUCUCCAUCCAAUUCCUUCCUUCCUUCCUUCACACUGCCAGUCUUUUCUAGCCUCUGUGCUGUGGAGCUUGCAUCUACUCGUCAAGGUGAUUUCUAGAGAACCAUUGAAUGGUUAUGUUAUCAGGUUUACUUUUCCUCCUGCUCCAUUUGAGUGUCUAAAUAAGAAAUAGUUCUCAUUUUGCUGUAGCAUGUUUU